CAACCCUAAAUUUGACGUUUUACGUCUCGAGUCGCGACUGCAUUUUGCGACUGAAGAAAGCAAUUUUGUUGCGUAUUUCAGGUAUUCUAAACAAGAUGAAUUCGGUGGUAAGGGCUGGUCAUUUGGCGCCUUACUUCAAGGCCUCCACCUCAGUGGUUUCAAAUGGGUUGAAACCUGUUGUAGCGGUACCUACACCUACUGACAAAUUAGUGGUUGCUCCCUUGCCUAAAACCUCGACAGUGCAGUCUUUACACGGUGCUCUCCCGGUCCAGCGUAUGAAGGCCAAAUGUGGCACUGCUCCUCACGCUCAAGUACGUUUUGCGCACACGGACAUCGCAAUCCCUGACUUCUCGGCUUACCGUCGCAAGGAGGUACAGGAUCCUAAGAGCAAAUCUAGUGAGAGUGUUGAUGACCGCCAGUCUUUCACUUACCUCAUUGCUACAGCGGGAGGCGUCGCCGGUGCCUAUGCAACGAAGGCAGUGGUCACCCACUUUGUGUCGUCGAUGUCUGCGGCGGCCGACGUCUUGGCCAUGGCCAAGAUCGAGAUCAAGCUCGGUGACAUCCCUGAGGGCAAGUCGGUCACCUUCAAGUGGCGAGGCAAGCCUCUUUUCAUCCGUCAUAGGACAGAGGCAGAGAUUUCGACGGAAAAGGCAGUGCCGGUAGACUCGCUCCGUGACCCUCAGGCGGACGAACAGCGCGUGCAGGACCCUAAGUGGCUUGUGGUCAUCGGGGUGUGUACACACUUGGGCUGCGUGCCCGUAGCCAACGCCGGCGACUUCGGAGGCUACUACUGCCCUUGUCACGGGUCCCAUUACGACGCCUCUGGGCGCAUCCGCAAAGGCCCCGCCCCCCUCAACCUGGAAGUCCCUCCCCACACCUUUGCUGACGAAAAUACCCUAGUCGUAGGAUAAACGAACGACGUAACUUAUUAGAUAAUUUUAUUUAUCAGUGAAAUCUUAAUGUACAUCAAUAGAGGUUAACAAUAAAUGUGAUCCAAGUAA